CGUCCAGCCAGCUCACCAUCGAGUCAAGAUCGCAUCGUCAUUGCUGUCCCCCUCAUCCGCCAUGGCGACGCAGAAAUUGAGCUCGCUGCUGCAACACGCCUCCAUCGACGAUCACGAUGAACUCCUCCAGUCCGCCAACGCCGCUCUGGCAAAGUCCAAGUCGGACGUCCAGGCUCAACAUGCCAAGGUGGUGGCUUUGGUGAAACUCGACCGCUACGACGAUUGCCUGCGAGUCUUUGAAGAGGGAGGCGACGCUCUGAAGACGAGAGCCGCUCUUGAAUAUGCCUAUGCUCUGUACAAAACCGGGCAGCUGGAUGCCGCGAUCGACAUCGUCUCGAAGAUCACCAACAGCCGCGGCGCUCGUCACCUGGAGGCUCAAGCUAGUUAUCGUGCCGAGAAAUUCCGUCGCACCGCUGAAAUCUACGAGGACCUGACCAAGGACCAGUCCGCCUUGGACAACGAGGACAAUGACCUCCGUAUCAAUGCCUGGGCCGCCGACGCUCAAUUGCAGUGGAAAGGAUACCCCGAAUUCGUCCGUCACAACCGUCCGACGAGAGAUGAUCUAGAGGCGUUCGAGACGGUCUACAACGCGGCUUGUCUGAGCAUCGCCAAGGGAGAGUUUGGACAAGGCGAAGUACUGUUGAAGCGGGCGAAGGAGCUAUGCCGGACUUCGGAAGACCUUACGCCGGAGGACAGAGACGCGGAAUUGCUCCCGAUCUCCGUGCAGCAACUCUACGUUCUAAUCCGUCAAGAGAAAUCGGAGGAAGCUGAGUCCGUCUUGCAGGAGAUUUCUGUCAAAGAUAUCCCCGAGCUCUCAACCAAGAAGAUCGCCGAAAACAACGUCACCCUCAUCCGCGAUACGGCCGCCAACCCCUUCGUCCUGUACAAGGCACUGCACGAGACUCCCGAGUCCACUGGCAAUGACCGACUAUUCGACUUCCAGAACAACAUCAUCAAUGGCAACUUCAACGCCGCUGACCUCCUGGUUCACAAAUACGACGGCAUCAUCCGAUCGACAUCCAAAGCGCGCGCUCAAGCACCCUAUCCCUCCACCGAAUCCGGCAUCAACCUCCUGUCGGUAUUCAACGCUGCCGCCCUGGCCCGCGGCGAAACGGGCACCAAGGCUCUGAAAGCCAUCCUGCCCGCGCUGGAGCGACGCCCCAAGGACAUCGGACUGGUGCUUACCGCCGCGCAGCUCUACGUGAGCACCGGCAACACCACCGCCGCCAUCGCCACCCUCGAGAAAUCGCUGCACCUUCUCGAAGAGUCCAUCUCCGAGCAGGACAGGGAAGUACGCUUCAACCCCGGCCUCCUCGGCGUUCUCGUCUGCCUCUACAAACUCGAAGGCCGCAAGGUUCAAAUCCGCAUCGAGCUUGGCAAAGCCGCCGCCUACUGGCGCACCCAAGCCGACGCUCCCUCCUCCCUCCUGCGCGCCGCCGCCGCCUCGCUCCUCUACUCCUCGGACCACUCCGACCUCGUCACCGCCAGCGAGAUCUUCACCGACCUCUACCAGAAGAACUCGACCGACCGUUUCGCCUCCGCCGGCUACGUCGCCUCCCAAGCCACCCUGGACUACGACAAGGUCGCCACGCACGUUGACCGCCUCCCCGCCGUCGCCGACCUGGUCUCCGGCAUCGACGUCUCGGCCCUCGAAGCCGCCGGCGUGUCCCCGUCCUCCGCGACCACUGCCGCCGCCGCCGCAACCAUCGCCAGCGCCCGCAAACGCUCGGCCGCCGACAAGCAGGGCCGUGUCACCAAGCGCGUGCGCAAGUCCCGUCUCCCCAAGGACUACGACCCCAGCAAGACUGCCGACCCCGAGCGCUGGCUCCCUCUGCGCGACCGAUCCUCCUACCGUCCUCGCGGCCGCAAGGGCAAGCAGCGCGCCGCCGAACGUACCCAGGGCGGUGCCGUCACCGAUAAAACAGAGGAAGCCAACGCCUCGGCUAGUCAGCAGCGUAACCAACCUGGUGGCGGCGGCGGUGGUGGAGCGUCUAAGAAGAACAAGAAAAAGGGCAAGCGGUAGUGGUGGUAAACUAGCGGUUGCGAUUCGGGUUCAUGUACAGAUUCAUUUCAUACCAUUUCAGACAGGACCAGAAAAUCCAUCAUGAUGAUCAUGAUUAGAAUAUGCAAUGCAUUACAUUAC